AUAACUAUCUCACCUGGGUUUUGGCUAGCACCGCUGCACGUGAAAGACGCAUGACUCUUCUUCAGUAGACUGGAGUAGGGAUGUCGGCACUAUGAAACGUUACCUGCAGAACGGACUGCGAACAGCCUCAUCACCUCAUGCGGGCAGACUGGAAUGGGGUUGAGCUCUGGAUUUAGACAAAUGCGCAUGCGUUCUGGGGUUGUACUUUUCGCUGCACGACAUGAUCCCCUACCAAUGCUUCAGGGGACUGGGAAAUUGCCAAUAACAGGUAAAACGACGAGUCCGGUUCGGAGCUUGCGUCUAUGGCCAUGGAAUUUGGGAUCCGGCUUCUGGAGAACACAAUACUGACAGCCACUGGGAGGAUGGUGAGGACGUGCAUGAACUGAAUAAGUGUCAUUGCUGCACAGGGUAAUCAAGAAAACAGCCAUGGGCCAGCCAACCCUCUUCUGCCUGGCGACUAUUUGUGUGGCGCUACUCCUGUCCAGCAAGGCCAGCGGACGUGGGUCCGGGAACGACAGCCUGCUGUACCAUCACCUGUUUGACAACUACGAUGUAGAACUUCGGCCCGUGGCCGAGAACACUGACAUCCUGAUGGUGGAGAUGGGAGUCGCACUCACUCACAUCAUCGACAUGCACGAGAAGCACCAAACCUUGACCGCCAGCCUGUGGCUGACCAUGGGCUGGAAUGACACGCAUCUUCAGUGGAGUCCAGAAGAGUUCGGCAAUUUUAAAACCAUCACUGUACCUUCUCCGAAGGUGUGGAUGCCCGACAUCGUGCUGUACCAGAAUGUGGAUCCGUACUUUGACGGCUGGUCGCACCGAGAGACGUACGUGAAGAUCCACGAUAACGGGUACGUGCUGUGGGAGGUCCCGGCCGUCAUCGUCUCCUCCUGCCACCUGGACGUCUCCAACUUCCCGUUCGACACGCAGGCGUGCCAGCUGAAGUUCGGCCCGUGGAUCCACAGCGGCUUCGAGUUGGUGAUGCGGGCCAUGGCUGAAAACGGCAGCCUGGAGGGCUUCAUACAACACCCCGAGUGGCGAGUCUUAUAUUUCAAAGCAACAGCUAACAUGAUCUGGUACGGCGAAGACUUCAACAUCGGAACUCCGUACGCUGACGUCACCUUUACCCUCGGGCUACAGAGGAAGUCCACGUUCUACGUCUUUAACCUGCUGUUACCGUGUCUCCUCCUGACCUUCAUCAUGGCCGUGACCUUCUUCCUGCCCAUCAACAGCGGGGAGAGGUUGUCCUUCGGGGUGUCACUACUCCUGUCCAUGGUCGUCUUUCAGCUCGUCAUCACCGAGGUUCUGCCGGAAUCAGACAAACUGCCCUGGAUUGGUCGGUACGUGAUCAUCACCAUGAUCCUGAUGUCCUUCUCCCUGGCAAUGACCAUCUUCGUCAUGCACGUGUGUGACUGUACCGUGUCGGUGGAGCCCCUGCCCAAGUGGGUCCGCGAGGUGAUGCUCAAGCGGCUGGCCAAGGUCAUGCUGAUGGGGGAUCUCUCCAAGAACCUACGGACAAUCGAGACGGACGACUCGUCCUCAAAGAUUGAGCUGGUGAACGACAUCUCGGACCUUACUGACACCUUGUACGCCAACAACAGCAGCGUGCACUGCGGACUGCAGAAGGACGUCAAACUGACGGACUGGUACGCGUUCCAGACCAAGAUGACCAGCACUCUACACGACAUCGAAAGGAAAGUGAACGACGUACUAGACAUCAUGCGGCAUCAUCAAAGGCACAGAGCUUAUGAAAAAGAGUGGAGAAGUCUUGCAAAAGUGCUCGACAGAAUCUUCCUCAUCAUGUACAUAUUGGUGGCCGGGGCCUGUCUAGUCAGUUUCGCGUCCAAUACUAGUAACGAGCCAGGAUGAUUGGAAGUUAAAGGUUACAACAUUAGUAAAACGUUUUACCAGGGAAACUGAUGUUCGCGGGUUGGCUUGCUACUAUAUCCUGCGAAUGUCGUGGGCCAAGCUACAGACGGUAGUAAGGAGAAGGUCCAGGGAUACACCAAUGCGGCUAAUGUUUGGGCGUCUAUAGUUUUUCGAGUUGGAUAGGCUUAGGUCUAACGCCCCUGUAAGAUGCUUGUGUAAGCUUAAGGGCCCUUGGUUAGCACGCAGGCCUGCUAAGUCCGAAUGACAAAGAACUGCUAUUACUUAAAUUUUAGGCCAUUGGAUCAAGACCCUAUAAAGGUAUCUCACUUGACCUCACAUGCCCUAUGCCGUGUGUUGUGCUGAUAACGAUACCUGUAAUAGUAGACCACCGUUUUUGCAAACUUCUUGACACGAUAUUCAUUGUUUGAUUUAUAGCCGCGGCAAAUCCACCUUAACGGCAUCAAAACCGACGGUAGCGACCUGAGAUCUAUUAGAUAAGCGAUAUGCAAACGGCUGAUCAGGGUUUAGUCGUGUUUUCUUUCCUGUUUGGCAGCUAGUAUAGAUGUUUUAGGGGCACGUUUCACAAAAUACAACAGACGAAAACAGCCCAUUGUAUAGAUCGACUUGCUGUCAUGUCGCAAUAUAGUUUUAUAUGAUAAAAC